UAUGCCCCUCGCUUAGCACCUCCUGCCCCGGCCAUGUCCGCCGCGCAGCUCUACACCAAGUACACUCGGGUUUGGAUUCCUGACCCUGAUGAAGUUUGGAGAUCUGCAGAAAUUAUCAAGGAUUACAAAGAGGGAGAUAAAAGCCUCCAUCUGAAGCUCGAAGAUGAAACCCUCUAUGAGUAUCCUCUUGACCUCCAAGGAAAUGAGCUGCCUUUCCUACGGAACCCAGACAUCCUGGUGGGAGAGAAUGACCUGACAGCCCUGAGCUACCUGCAUGAGCCUGCAGUCCUCCACAACCUCAAAGUCAGGUUCCUGGAGUCCAACCACAUCUACACCUACUGUGGUAUUGUCCUUGUUGCCAUCAAUCCAUAUGAGCAGCUGCCAAUCUAUGAGCAAGAUGUCAUCUAUGCCUACAGUGGCCAAAAUGGGGGGGACAUGGAUCCCCACAUCUUUGCAGUGGCUGAGGAGGCCUACAAGCAGAUGGCCAGGGAUGAGAAGAACCAGUCCAUCAUUGUCAGUGGGGAGUCAGGUGCUGGCAAGACAGUCUCUGCCAAAUACGCCAUGCGCUUCUUCGCAACUGUUGGUGGCUCUGCCAGUGAGACCAACAUUGAAGCCAAAGUCCUUGCAUCCAGCCCAAUUAUGGAGGCAAUUGGGAAUGCUAAGACCACACGGAAUGACAACAGCAGCCGCUUCGGGAAGUACAUUCAGAUUGGCUUUGAUAAGAGGUACCACAUCAGUGGGGCCAACAUGAGGACCUACCUCCUGGAGAAGUCCAGAGUUGUGUUCCAGGCAGAGGAUGAGCGCAACUACCACAUCUUCUACCAACUUUGUGCCUCAGCAAGUCUUCCAGAAUUCAAAGACCUUGGACUAACAUGUGCUGAAGACUUUUUCUACACUUCUCAGGGAGGUGACACAUCAAUUGAUGGUGUGGAUGAUGCUGAUGACUUUGAGAAAACCAGGCAUGCCUUCACUUUGCUUGGAGUGAAGGAAUCUCACCAGACAGCCAUUUUUAGGAUAAUUGCUGCAAUCCUGCACCUGGGGAACUUGGAAAUCCAAGCAGGACGAGAUCGCGAAUUCUGCAGCGUCUUGGUGGAAUACCAGAGUGAGGGAUUUCUGGAGAAGAACAGGGACACUGUGUAUGAGGAACAGAUCAACAUCCUCAAAGCCAGCAAGUAUCAAAUGGUGGCAGACUUAUUCCAGGAUGAGAAGGAUGCUGCAUCCACCAGUUCUGUGGGAAAGGGAUCAUCCAAAAUCAGCGUCCGUUCUGCCAGACCUGUGAUCAAAGCUGCCAACAAAGAGCACAAGAAGACAGUGGGACACCAGUUCCGUAACUCCCUGAAUUUGCUCAUGGAGACCCUGAAUGACACCACCCCCCACUACGUGCGCUGCAUCAAGCCCAAUGAUGAGAAGCUUCCCUUUAAAUUUGACCCCAAGAGAGCAGUGCAGCAGCUGAGAGCUUGUGGAGUGCUGGAGACCAUCCAUAUAAGUGCUGCUGGCUUCCCUUCCAGGUGGUCCUACCAUGACUUCUUCAAUAGAUAUCGUGUUCUUAUGAAAAAGAGAGACCUCUCAAAGAAUGACAAGAAGCAGAUCUGUCAGACCCUCUUGAAAGACCUCAUUAAGGAUCUUGACAAGUUCCAGUUUGGACAUACCAAGAUCUUUUUCCGUGCUGGCCAGGUGGCAUAUCUGGAGAAACUCCGUGCAGAUAAAUUCAGAGCUGCCACAAUCAUGAUCCAGAAAACUGUUAGGGGCUGGCUGCAGAGGGUCAAGUACCAAAGGCUGAGAGAAGCUGCAGUCAUCAUCCAACGCCACACACGGGGGCACCUGGCGAGGAGACUUGCUGAGCACCUGAGGAGGACAAGAGCUGCUAUCAUCUUCCAGAAGCAGUACCGGAUGCUGCGGAUCCACCGAGCUUUCCAGAGGGUCCGCAGUGCCACCAUCACCAUUCAGGCUUUUGCUCGGGGCAUGUUUGUCAGGAGGAUUUAUCACAAGAUCCUCCUGGAGCACAAAGCCACCAUCCUCCAGAAGUACACCCGGGGCUGGUUGGCCCGCACCCGCUUCCGACGGCUCCGCGGUGCCACCCUUGUCCUGCAGUGCUACUACCGGCGCAUGAAGGCCAAGCGGGAGCUGAAGGCUCUGAAGAUUGAGGCCCUUUCAGCCCAGCACCUGAAGAAGCUCAACGUUGGUAUGGAGAACAAGGUGGUCCAGCUUCAAAGGAAGAUUGAUGAGCAGAACAAAGAAUACAAACUCCUGAAUGAGCAGCUCUCUAUCCUUGCCUCUGCCCACUCCUCUGAGGUGGAAAAGCUCAAGAAAGAACUUGUACAAUAUCAGCAAAGCCAGCAGGGUCAUGGCAACCAGCUUGUCAGCUUGCAAGAAGAGAUGGAGCACCUCAGGCUGGAGCUGGAGAAAGCUCAUGGGGAGAGGAAGCUCGUGGAAGAUAGCUACAUCAAGGAGAAAGAUCUGCUGAGGAAACGCAUCGCUGACUUGGAAGAGGAAAAUACUCUCCUGAAGGAGGAAAAAGAGGAGCUGAACAGCAGGAUCCUGUGUCAGUCUGAAGAUGAAUUUGCCCAAAACACAGUUGAGGAAAAUAUCCAGAUAAAGAAGGAACUGGAAGAAGAAAGAUUUCGUUACCAGAACCUGGUAAAAGAGUAUUCAAGGCUGGAGCAGAGAUAUGACAACUUGAGGGAUGAAAUGACAAUUAUAAAGCAAGCACCAGGCCACAGGAGGAACCCAUCCAACCAGAGCAGCUUGGAGUCUGAUUCCAAUUAUCCAUCCAUCUCCACCUCUGAGAUAGGAGACACUGAGGAUGUGAUACAAAAAGUGGAGGAGGUGGGGAUGGAGAAAGCAGCCAUGGACAUGAACCUCUUCCUCAAGCUCCAGAAGAGAGUCAGGGAGCUUGAGCAGGAGAGGAAGAAGCUGCAAGCCCAGCUGGAGAAAAAGGAGAAAGAGAGCAAGAAAUCCCAGGUAAUUGAAACAAAGACUGAAGUGACUUCAGACCAUGAAGAUUUUGCAUACAACAGCCUGAAGAGGCAAGAGCUGGAGUCAGAGAACAAGAAGCUGAAAAAUGAACUGAAUGAGCUGAGGAAGGCUGUAGCAGACAGAGCAACCCAGAAUAAUUCAUCCAAUGAUAUUCAAGAGAGUUACAACCUCUUACUGAACCAGCUGAAAUCAGCCAAUGAGGAGCUGGAAGUGAGAAAAGAAGAGGUGCUCAUCCUGAGGACACAGAUAAUGAAGGCAGCCCAGCAAAAAGAGACAGGGAAAAACAUGGAGAAGAUCAGCACCAAUGCCAGCUGGCCAAACAGUGACAAGCAUGUUGAUCAGGAGGAUGCAAUUGAAGCCUACCAGGCGAUGUGUGAGACCAACAGGCUGCUGGAAGCCCAGCUCCAGGAUCAGAGGAGAGAGCAUGAGGAGGAGUUAGAAGCUAUGAAAAGCCAAGUGGAUGAACUGCAAGAAGAGAUGAAGAAACAGCACCAGGCUUUCCUGCAGACCCUGCAGCUCUCUCCUGAGGUCCAGGUGGAGUUUGGACUUGAACAAGAAAUUACACGACUCACCAAUGAAAACCUGGAUCUUAAAGAAUUGCUGGAAAAGUUGGAAAAGAAUGAAAGGAAGCUGAAGAAACAGUUGAAGAUUUACAUGAAGAGGGUCCAAGAUUUUGAAAGUGACAUGGCUUAUACAUCCCAAGCCCCAGUCCCAGCAGAGAGGAGGUGGCACGAGCGUAGCAUGCAAACUGCUGUCCAGAGGAAGGAGAAGGAUUUUCAGGGAAUGUUGGAAUAUCAUAAAGAAGAUGAACCACUCCUCAUCCGAAACCUCAUCACAGAUCUCAAGCCCCAGACAGUGUCUGCUACAGUUCCCUGCCUUCCUGCCUACAUCCUCUACAUGUGCAUCAGGCAUGCAGAUUACAUCAAUGAUGACCAGAAAGUGCACUCCUUGCUCACCUCCACCAUCAAUGGGGUUAAGAAAGUCCUGAAGAAACACAGUGAAGAUUUUGAGAUGACCUCAUUUUGGUUGGCCAACACCUGUCGCCUCCUGCACUGCCUGAAGCAGUACAGUGGGGAUGUGGGUUUCAUGACACGAAACACAGCAAAGCAGAACGAGCACUGCCUGAAGAACUUUGACCUGACCGAGUACCGCCAGGUCCUCAGCCACCUCUCCAUCCAGAUCUACCAGCAGCUCAUCAAGAUAGCAGAGGCCAUCCUCCAACCCAUGAUUGUGUCUGCAGUGCUGGAAAAUGAGAGUAUCCAAGGACUUUCAGGUGUCAAACCCAUGGGCUAUAGGAAUCGUUCCUCCAGCAUGGCAAAUGGGGACAGCUCCUACACCUUGGACUCGAUCAUUCGCCAGCUCAACACCUUCCACAGCAUCAUGAGUGACCAUGGGCUGGACCCAGAGAUUGUGCAGCAGGUCUUCAAGCAGCUCUUCUACAUGAUCAAUGCUGUGGCUCUCAAUAAUCUUUUGCUGAGGAAGGAUGUCUGCUCCUGGAGCACGGGAAUGCAGAUGAGGUUUAACAUCAGCCAGCUGGAGGAAUGGCUGCGUGGCAAGAACCUGCAGCAGAGUGGAGCAGCACAAACCUUGGAGCCCUUGAUUCAGGCUGCUCAGCUUCUGCAGCUGAAAAAGAAAACCUCAGAAGAUGCUGAGGCCAUCUGCUCCUUGUGCACCUCCCUGACAACACAGCAGAUUGUGAAGAUACUGAACCUCUACACUCCUGUGAAUGAGUUUGAAGAACGUGUGACAGUCGCUUUCAUCCGAGACAUCCAGAUACACUUGCAAGAACGAAAUGACCCUCCACAGCUGCUCUUAGACUUCAAGCACAUGUUCCCUGUGAUGUUUCCCUUCAACCCAUCCUCCAUAACCAUGGACUUGAUUCACCUCCCUGCUUCUCUCAACUUGGAGUUUCUCAAUAGAGUCUGAAGGAAGUCCAGUGAAGCCCACCCACCCAGAAACCUCCAGCAAAGAAAGAAAAAUGGUGAAAGGAAAUAAAUCUGGACCAAAGAGGUUUCUGGAAGAAACAAUACACCUAAAUAAAUGGAUGCUAAACUUUGCAGUUAAAAAAGAGACUGAUCUGUAUGUGAUUCUGGGGUUUUUGGGGGUAAUUUGCAGCUCAGAAAUAAGGAUACUUGAAAUGUA